GAAAACAGAAAACUUUUUCGCGCCUCGCGUUAAAUGUCAGCUGCUCGAUGUCGGCUGGAUAAUAUUUGCAUCUAGAUAAAGUCAACGUUCGUAGACACGAAAUAAAAUGUUUUUAUUGGAAUAAAUUUAUUUUUAGUGCUUCGUGACGGAACAUACGAAUAAAGAAAUAUCAAGAACUAUGGAAGCGAAAGCCCAGCAAAGGUCUCAGCUCGCCAAGAGCAUCGCCACAAAGAGCCAACUCAUCGCUCAGCUGAAAGAGCAAUUGGAGACCAAGAGAAAAAACAGCGGGGGUAGUGUAGAUGAUGAGUUGGGAGUGGCAGAACUCGAAUACCGUAUGGUGAAGGAAGAGAUGGCGCUACUGUCCUUGCAGGAAAAGCACUGGGAGUCGGCGGCUUUACUACACCGUGAAACUCUACAUUCAUCCUUGAGAAAAGAUGGCCGCCUUCCAGAUUUGCAAGAAGUGGGCGACAGGUUACCAGAAACUCCUUUCGGAAGGGAAGCAAGUCCAGGUUCGAGACACCUCCGCUGCCAAGCCUGUCGAGAAGCCGCGCGACUCAGACUCGAACUCACGUCAGUUGUGGGCAGGCUCAACAGGCUGAUGGAGGAGAACUCUAAUACUGUACAGCUCAACGACAAAUUGCAGAAAGAAUGCGAAGAGCUUCGGACGCAGAACCGUCAAUUGAAGCUUCAAGUUCUCUCCCUUCUCUACCUGCACCAGACAAUGGACUCUUCCAGCAGGUUGCAGAAGCCAAUAUUAUGGACAAAGCCCGAGGGCUCUUAACACUGUAUUUUGUACUCAUCUGUAUAUCUCAAAAUUGCUUUUAAUAAACCAGUAUUUAUUUUUUAA